AUGCCGCCGCCCAAUCUCGAAGCGCGCGACUACAUCGGCCUCGGCCCCUCUGCGGCGCCCGCGCCCGCCUCCUCCUCCUGCUCCUCCUCCGCCUCGGGCGACGCCGGCCCGCACCUCGCGCUCCGCCUCGGCCUGCCGGGCUGCGGCUCGCCGGGACGGGACGGGCCGGAGGACGCCGCCGUCGACGCCGCGCUCACGCUCGGGCCGUCUCCAGCUACCGCUCAUGCUUCGCACAGGGGCGGCGCCAAGCGCGGGUUCGCCGACUCGCUCGACGGCUCCGCUGCCAGGGCUGCCGGGGAGGAAGACAAGAAGAAGGGUGAGGCCGCCGCCGCCGCCGGAGCCGGGGCUCCGCCAGCUGCCAAGGCACAAGUUGUUGGGUGGCCGCCUGUUCGGAGCUACCGGAAGAACACGCUAGCCGCCAAUGCCACAAAGACCAAGGCCGAGAAUGAAGGCAGAAGCGAGGCAGGGUGCUGCUAUGUCAAGGUCAGCAUGGAUGGAGCACCGUACCUAAGGAAGGUCGAUCUUAAGACUUACUCCAGCUAUGACAACCUUUCCCUGGAGCUGGAGAAGAUGUUCAGCUGCUUCAUCACUGGCAAAAGCAGUUCCUGCAAAACAUCGACGAGAGACAGGCUCACUGAUGGUUCUAGGGCUGAUGCUCUUCAGGACCAAGAGUAUGUACUCACCUAUGAAGAUAAGGAUGCUGACUGGAUGCUUGUUGGUGAUCUUCCUUGGGAGUAA